AGCUCUAUCUUUCCCUCCCUCUCUUCGGAUUUGCUUCAGCCAUGUAGUUGACGCAGUGCUCAAAAUUCGGCACUAUAUGUCCACGUUUACUUAAUCUGACUACAUAUAUUUUUGAGAUUCCUGCAUAAAUAUCCCGUGAAGACAUACUUUCGUUGUUUCUCAACUAUUCUAUACUUAUUUCCUCCUUUCUUUUCGAUCAGAUUUGGCCUCUGAUAUUUGGAAUCCAUAUCAGUAAAAUAGGAGAAAUUGUGCAGCGUACAUAAACUGUUUGUGAAAUGGCCGCGAUGAGGAUUUCACGAUUGAAGCAUUUACAUUCUGUUAAAUCGACUUUUCAAUUUCACGUACGACCUUCUUCUGCAUAUUCGAGCAAAUGCUAUGCCUCUGGAGAGUCGGAUACUUUGCAGAGAUUUGAUCAAAAUGGUUUCGGGAUGUCGGGUUUCAGAUCUUCCAACUUUUCUCAAUAUUCUAGGGGGUUUUAUUCUGAUGUGCGUAUUUCGAAUAGGUUUCUGAGAAAUUCGACUUAUCGCGGCAGUCUUCCGUUUGCUGGAAAAACCCCUUUGCUCAAUCAACGUUUCUUCUCAUCAGCUAGUGAUGGUAAAGGUGUCACUCCGGUAGAUGCUACAGGUACUGUGGGUGAUGUUAGCGUUGGUGGGGAAAAUUGGACUCCUAAAGUUAAAGAAGCGUGGGAAUCUGCGGUUGAGGCUGCAAAGUAUGCAGGAAAAAAGGCGAAAGAGGCUUCUGAUGAAGCAGCUCCUCAUGUUCAGGAGUUGCUUGAUGCUCAUCCCUAUCUUAGAGAUGUGAUUGUGCCAGUCGGUGGUACUUUGGCAGGAACGAUGUUGGCAUGGUCUUUGUUGCCUAGGCUAUUUAGGCGGUUCCAUAAGUACUCCGUGGAAGGACCUGGUGCUUUGCUAUCAAAGGGUUCUUUGUUCGGGCCCGUUCCUUAUGAGGAAAGCUUCUGGGGUGCAUUGGAGGCUCCAGUCCGAUAUUUUGUAACGUUCAUGGCUUUCUUGACAGUAGGGGGAAUGGUUGCACCGACUACUAUUGCCUCACAAUAUGCAACACAGGCUUGGAAAGGCGCUCUUGUUAUAUCCGUUGUCUGGUUUCUUCAUCGGUGGAAAACUAGUGUGAUUGCCCGAGCUUUGGUUGUUAAGGGCUUAGAAGGUGUCCGGAGAGAUCAGUUACUGACUAUGGACAAAAUCUCAACCAUAGGACUCUUUGUUGUUGGGUCAAUGGCUUUAGCUGAAGCAUGUGGUGUGGCAAUGCAAUCUGUUCUGACUGUGGGAGGCAUUGGAGGAGUUGCCACUGCUUUUGCUGCCAAAGAUAUACUUGGGAAUGUCCUAAGUGGUAUUUCUGUACAGCUGUCGCAACCAUUUUCAGUUGGUGAUAUGAUAAAAGCUGGAUCUGUAGAAGGUCAAGUAGUAGAAAUGGGCCUUACAACUACCUUAUUGCUGACUGCUGAGAAGUUUCCUGUUGUCGUCCCAAAUUCUCUGUUUUCCAGCCAGGUAUAGCAUCAAUCUCAUUCUUUGUCUGU